AUGGGCACCCGCAAGACAGUCCGCAUUGGGGUGUUCAUGCCCUCGGAAUGCCAGCUCCUAGACACAGCUUGCAUCGAUGUCUUCAGCAUGAUGGGCUACGGCUACCUGUCGGUCAUACCCUUCCUACCAAAGCACGUGUCCGAGCUGGCCCCGGAGGUCUGGAUUGCCUACGUUGGCACCACGGCUCCGGGCACGCUCACGCCGCUGACGGCCGGCGUAAAGACUCCGAUCACGCAUCACCUCAGCGACCCAGAGGUCGCGCCGGGGAAGCUCGACAUCGUACUCGUGCCGGGACCGGCGCCAGAUGGGAAAUGGAGUGAGGAUGUGCUGGAAUGGUUGCGAGCGCAAAUGGCCGUUAAGACUACGGACUGCUUGAGCGUUUGCACCGGCAUUUACCUGUUCGGCGAGGCAGGGUUGUUGAAGGGAAAGAAGGCGUGCGGCCCGAGAGGACUGCAGGACGAUGUUUCGAAGAAGUAUCCAGAUGUGACUCUUCUUGGACAUGAGUUACGGUGGAUCCAAGAUGGGAACUUUUGGUCAAGCGGUAUGUUUCUUCUGACUCUUCCUUUGCACUCCAUGAGCACUAGUCAUGGCAAUAUGGCAAUGCUGGCUGGCCACGGUCCCCUCACAUUUGUUCAAGAGUCAAACUGA